CUUUCAGUCUGUACAUUACUGUAUCACCAACGUAAAGGGGACAACCCCGAAAAUAGAUAAACCAUUCCAAGUAUACGUGAAAGUUUUGGAAGUCCGUCUGGUAGCACUAUGGCAUUUAAAAGAGUAUUGUUUGUAAUAUGUGCCAUCACCCUAACAUCGGCAGCCCCUGCCAACCGAGACGCUAAGAGAGCAGAAUACGAUUAUGAAUAUGAAAAUUCGGCACAAGCCCAGCAACCGGCUGAGUCAAACCACUACGAUGCCUACAUACAAGAAGUUAAAGCAGCCGCCGGUGAUUCAAGCAAAAAGGGCUUCAGCCGAGGCUCUGGCUUGAGAACAAUCGCUAUUGGCUCCGCUAAUCAAGCGAAAACUGCGCUGGGGAAUCAGCAAGCCGCUGCAUACCAGGCUGCGUAUGUUGCUAAGAACACACUAGCUCAAUCAGCUUCACAAUCCAGUGCAACGGCCCAAGCAGCGCUUGCGGGAAAACAAGUGAUCCUCGCAGGGCUGGAACAGCAAGUGAGAGACGCAAAGGUUGGGUUGCAAGGAGAAGAAAUGCAGCUGCAGCAGGCAAAGAGAGCUGCACAGUCUGCAGCGCAGGCGGCUCAACAAGCUAUGCAUCAGGUAAACGUGAUCCAAGCGGCUCUGAACGCUGCCCAAGCGACAUCGGAGAACGCGAACGAAGCUGCGUCACAAGCAGCUGGAGAACUCGGCGCUCAAACUGCCAUGGUGGGGGCUGCGAGACAAAGACUGCAGACACUGCAGGAACAACUCAAGGGUGUCAGGAUUGACUUCGAGGCUACUCAGGCCGCUGCGAGGAAAGCGCAGGCUGCAGCACAGCAAGCUCAAGCGAACGCAGCGGAAGCUGCAGCGAAGGCGGCGGCGGCAGGGCUCGGUCAGAAAGACUCCUCACAUGAAGGUACGAGCAGCGAAGAGUAUAGGGCUCCGGAAAACCAGGAGUACUACCAGACGGAAUACCAGCACCAGUAGCGGGAUAGGUUUAUUUAGUAAAAGUCAAGGAUAAGGCUGGGCAAACACGUAAGAUAAAAAGUUAUUCAUAAAAGGCGCAUUGGAUACUGUGUUGCUGUCAACGUCUUUCAGAGUUUAUUCAAAAAUCAUUAUAAUACAUAACUAGAAUGAAAAAAUAUAGAAAUUAUCUGCUACAAUAAUUAUCUUCACGUGAAGCCCAGUCCUUUUGCCUGACGAAAUUUAGAUAUGAAUUAACAAUAACAUUGUUUGAUAUUAAAAUACGUACUAUUAAUUAUAAUCGUUAAUUUUAAUUUAUUUAAAGCGCAUAUUUUGAUAUCAACAAUUUAGAUGUAAAAAGCUAGUUAGAAUGUUGAGUUAUAAGUAACCCUCAAUGUGAUAUUUUUAUACUUUUAUAAAAUAGCAAUUAGGAUGACCAAAUACAUGUGAUAAUGCACUUAAAACCACAAACAGGUAAUGUUUUGUAACUUUAAACAUAGAUGUGACAAAACUUUCUUUACUUACUUCUGAGUCUCUCAUCAGGAUAUUCCAUACCAAGUUAUUCAAUGUAGAUA